CGGCAAUUUGUCCUUACUCGAAAGAAACUUUUCAACAACAGCAGAAGCGCUAGCUUUUAUCCAAAGGAAAAUUUUGUACCGAGCUUUAGCUGGUAAAAAAUGAAGUUUGUUCUUGUUUUUCAAGCCAUAUUGGCUACUUACAUGAUUCUUUGUGAUGCAAGGCAUGGCUUGGAUCAUCACGGGAGGCAUCACGAAGACUUCAGACACUUUCAGCAUGGCUGGAAGAUCGACUUGAAGAAAAUGGAAACUCCAAAGAACGAGACAAUUUCAAUAGAUGUCACAAGGAAGAGCUCUAGUAGUGAAGGGAAUGAAAAGAGUACAAUGAAGGUAAGCUUGAGGGUUCAUAUUGUUAAAGGUGGAGUUCACAUAAAUGGGCAAAAGAUUGACCACUCCGUUGUCACAUCUGUUCACAUUCGCACAAUUGUUGAGGAAGUCUUUUCUGAUGGCAAAGUGACAAGGAAGCCAGCAAUGAUCCAAGUUCGAGCAAUCGUUUCGGAAUCAACCAAUGCCAAUGGAGUUAAGAUCUUUUCAUUCCAAGAAGAGAUUGUUGAAGUUGAAGAUGAUGAAGUUGAUCAAAUAGAAGUGAAAGAAAUUGUUCUUGAAUUAGGUGAUAAUAUUAACGAAAGCAAGAGAACCCUGAAUAUUGUUAAAAUCUCCGAAAGCAAUAUUCACAAGCAUGCAAGAAACAAAGACAAACAUCUUUGGGCCUGCAGAGGGCGUUUGCCUAAGGUGCCAUUUCAUAUUUCAAGAGAGGAAAUGAAAAGAUGGAAACAUAGGCAUCCUAGACCACCAAUGUUUGAGACUGGACAGAACAAAGAUGAGGACAAGUGGAGUGGAAGAGAUGGUGAUGAUGAUGAUGAUGAUGAUGAUGACAAAGACAAUAAGGGCAAGCAUGGACAUGGCAAACGUCACCAUCACCGUCAUCAUCAUGGCCCAAAACGCUGGAUGCGUCACUUUUGCAACUGGUUCCACAAACUUCCAGUUGCAACACGUGCUGCAUUCUGUCUUUCUGUCAUCUUGUUUGGCAUCCUAAUUUUUGCAUCAUGCUGGGCAUGUUGUUGCAGGAAGCCAAGAUCUAAGCCAUCAGAUGCAAAGUAUGAGCUUGAUGACACCGUGAGUGUUAAUGAAGCAGCUGAGGCUGAGCCUCUGCCAUGCAAAAAGAAGCAACUUGAUGAGCAGCCACUUCUUUUAUAAACACCCCUUGUGGAAAAAGAACAGAUUUAAAAACAGUUCUGUACAAUGGGUUGUUAUUAGUAUACUGCUUUCUUUUAUUAUUAGCAUUACUCUAGACUUUUUUGUAGUGUUUCAGGUAAGGCAAUGUUUGAUCACUGGCAGGUAGACAUAUGGUAGCAGUUCAUUUGGUAAACCAAUCAUCUUGAUGAUGCAAUCCCUACUGUUAUCUUAUUUUGCAGGCUAGUCUUAUUAUUGUAAUUAAAAGGCACAAAAAGCACUAAAUUUCAGCUUUUAAUGAAAGUAAACAAAGGAUCACAAUUUGCUGAUAUCCUUCAAUGGUUGGAAAAAGGAGCAUUUGCAGUUUUGAUAAUUUUUAAAUGUGAGCACUUGGGGUUUCUGAUGUGGAGGUAGAUUUUCUGAGGACAAGAACAUUUUGUGUGUUCAUAAGUAGGCCUGUCAUUGACAACCCUUUGGGAGAUUUCAUUGUCAAGUUUGUCCAAAGUCCAACAGGCUUGACUGAUCGCCUAAACUUACCUUUAUACCAGUGGCCAUUUAGUUGCAUUUUGUAAUAUCAGAAAUGACAUCAUAUUUCUGUUUUUUUUAUUAUGACAUCUAGUCAUUUUAUGACAACAGAUUUCCUGCUGCUUAAAGAUAAUGCACUAGAGGGAAUGUGAAGGCUCUCUUUGUUCAGCUUACAAUGACACCUGACACACUCCUAUCUGACAGGCCUUUCAUUGAGAGGCCUGUAUUAGAAAUUCCAGCUGCUCUUAAUCCUGCCGAUCUAUUGUUAUAAUUUUUAUGCAUAUCUGAAUGUUUGUGCCUGCUUUUACACAACUGUACAGCAAGGCCAGAUCAUUUAAAGAUUUUGUUGUAAUUAUAGCUCCAACACAAA